UGCCGCCGUUUCUCUCUGAAUAUUGUGAUGUUUUCUAUUUUGGCAUGGUAGAUGCAAUUUAUUUUUAUAUUUAAAUGCCACAGGUCACUCGGUUUAAUAUAUAUAUAUUAUCUAAGUUCAAAAAAGGCUUAUUUCGCAACUAUAUCAAGUAUAAUGUCUCAAAUGAAAUCAGUAGGCUCCGCUGCCCGUUUGGCGGGCUCUCGGCCCUUUAGAGUGUCCAUCGAAGGCAACAUUGGCUCCGGGAAGUCGACUUGUAUCAAGUUCUUUCAGAAAUACCGCAACGUUGAGGCACAUCCGGAACCCUUAGAUGAGUGGAGGAAUGUUGGUGGCCACAAUCUGCUGGGACUGUUGUAUGGGAAUGUGCACAAGUGGACCUUCCCGUUCCAGCACUAUGUGCAUCUGAGCCGCCUCAAGAUACAGAUCAGUCCACCCUCGCACCCGGGAAUCACUGUCAAGAUGUUUGAGAGGUCAGUACAGAACAGCCGGCACUGCUUCGUAGAGAAUGCCAAGAAGCAGAACUACCUGGAGGAUGCAGAGUACCAAGUUCUGAUGACCUGGUUUGAUUACUCCGAGAAGAAUCUCGACAUCAGCCUGGAUCUUAUAGUGUAUCUGCGGAGCACCCCUCAAGUGGUGCACGAGCGCGUGCGGCGCCGCGCGCGCGCCGAGGAGGCCGCCGUGCCGCUCGAGUACCUGCAGGAAGUGCACGACUCGUACGAGAGCUGGCUGAGCUCGGGCUCCGUGGGCUGCGAGGUGCUCGCCGUCGACGCGGACCGCGGCCUGGACCUCGUGGUGGAGGACCUGGAGAGGUAUUCCUACAAGAUCCUCGGCGGGAACCACACCAACUGACGCCAGGGGCCUUGGCUUCCAAGUGCUGUCCACAUCAGCUGACACCAAAAACC